ACAAUAACUGCAGAAAACAGUGUGGAUGGCACAAGAUGCGGGAUGCUCGUGGAUCAACGAUCAACGUCACAUAACAGCAGGAUAUGAAAUAGCGUUUAUAAUGAAAACUGCGCUUGAUGUGGAUGAAUCCGGCUGGAGAUGAUGUUGCGUCUGCGGAGUCUCGUGGAUGAAGUGGAUGGAUCUCACAUACUUCUGCUUAGCCAGGGCAAACACACCCGUUAAGUCUGACCGUUAACAUCUUCUGACAUUAUUUCCAGCCAAGGACAGCUGUGUUUGUCACUGAAGACUUCUUAGAUUUGACAGACAGAUGUCUUAUGAUUAUUGACUGCAGUUUGGGACCCUUUGCUGUGAGUCUUUGAAGUAUGCAAAUAAAUUUCCCAUGUGGAGUUUAUUCAUAAGAACAUAUGAACACGGAUGAAAGCGCACGGGAGGACUCUAUGUUCAAGUGCAGGAUGCAUUUUACCAAUCCAAAAUGAUGCGAUUCGCUGGAUUCCGAACACCAAAAUCUUUCAUGGCCUUUGUGAUGAGAAGAUGGAAAAUCUUACUGGUGCUGAAUGUGUUUACGGUGGCCGGCUUCAUCACUUUUUGGGGCAAGUGCAAUUUACGCACAACCAAAGUUGUGGGUCAACAGGCAGCAGCUGCUGAUGUGAGAGGACAGACAUAUCUGAAUGGAUCUGCUCAGGAGACCAGCAUCACUCAUGAUGUGCUCUUAAAGAGACUGGGAUCAUUGGAAGAUGUGGUGUACAGACAACUGAAUGGUUUGUCCAAGUCUCUUGGACUCAUUGAAGGUUUUGGAGGCCGAGGUAGAGGAGGUCUACCAGCAACACUUAUGCCAGAGGAAGAAAAGGAGGCCAAAUACCUGAGGGAGAAAUAUGGCUACAAUGCAUUUCUGAGUGACACAAUCUCUCUGGAUAGAUCUAUUCCAGAUUAUCGACCCAGCAAAUGCAAAAAGGCCUUUUAUUCCCGUGACCUGCCACAGAUCUCCAUCAUCUUCAUCUUUGUAAAUGAGGCAUUGUCUGUCAUCCUGCGUUCAGUCCAUUCAGCUGUCAACCACACACCAGCUCAUCUCCUAAAGGAAAUCAUCUUGGUGGAUGACAACAGCGAUGACGUACAACUGAAAGGGCCACUGGAGGAGUAUGUCAACAAGCGCUACCCGGGUCUUAUCAAAAUAGUGCGCAAUCAGAAGAGAGAGGGCCUCAUCCGUGCCCGCAUCGAGGGUUGGAAAGUGGCCACUGGGGAGGUGACUGGCUUCUUUGAUGCCCAUGUUGAGUUCACGCCUGCAUGGGCUGAGCCAGUUCUGUCUAGAAUCAAGGAGAACCACAAGAGGAUCAUACUGCCCUCCAUAGAUAACAUUAAAGAUGAGACGUUUGAGCUGGAACGCUAUGAAAACUCAGGCCACGGCUAUAACUGGGAGCUCUGGUGUAUGUAUAUCAGCCCACCGAAACAGUGGUGGGAUGAAGGAGACACUUCUGCACCUAUCAGGACGCCUGCAAUGAUAGGCUGCUCUUUUGUGGUAAACCGGGAAUACUUUGGGGAGUUGGGCCUACUGGACGCAGGGAUGGACGUGUAUGGAGGCGAAAAUAUAGAGCUGGGAAUCAGGGUUUGGCUGUGCGGGGGAAGCAUGGAAGUUCUGCCUUGUUCCAGAGUGGCCCAUAUUGCUAGAACAAAAAAGCCCUACCACAGUAACAUCGCCUUUCACACUAGACGCAAUGCACUUCGGGUGGCAGAAGUGUGGAUGGACCAAUACAAAUCUAAUGUCUAUUUGGCAUGGAACCUACCAAUGAAGAACCAUGGCAUUGACUAUGGAGACAUAUCCCAGAGACUAGCGCUCAGGAAAAGACUCCAGUGCAAAAGCUUUGAGUGGUACCUUGACAAUAUCUAUCCAGAGAUGAAGAGAUACAACAACACUCUCUUUUAUGGAGAGAUUCGCAAUACCAAUGUGACCCAUCUGUGUUUGGACCAGGGCAUAAAGGAAAACCACACAGCAACUCUGCACCCCUGCCAUGGCUGGGGCCCUCAGCUGGGUCGCUACACUAAGGAGGGUUAUCUUUUCCUGGGUCCUCUGGGAAGCACUGGCGAAGAUACUCGGUGUGUGGUGGACGAUAAAAUCAGCAGCUACCCACAGCUCCUGAAUUGUGAGAAAGUCUCUAGCGUACCCCAGAAAACUUGGCACUUUGCACAGAAUGAAGCAAUCAUCAACCGAGCUACAGGACGCUGUCUCGAGGUAGUGCCGGCUAAUGUCUACUUCGGCUAUGCUCUGAUCCUGCGUUCCUGCACUGGCCAGAAGUGGACCGUCAAGAAUUUGAUGAAACAGGACUAAUGGGAGUGAAUCAGUGAACUUAGAAAGUUGGGAAACCUUCAUAAACUGUUUAGGAACUUGAAAAUGGUUCCAGUUUUGUUGAACUCAAGGGGUGCUGAUCAUGUUUGCGUUUUUUGGGCUUUUGGUCUUACUACAGUCCACAAUACAAAAAAAAAUAAAUAAAAAGACAUUUGAAGCACCACAUACAGUAAGUACAUCAGAUGUCCACCUUCUCAAGAACCUCUAGACAACAGUUCUCUGAGGAACAUUGGAUCCCAUAAGUUCCUGCAAGAACUGUUAAAACCAUCAAUGGUUCCUCCAGUAAUGAAAGGUUUUGAAGCACAUAAACUGUAUGUUGAAGUUCCUUAGGUUUGCAAUAUUUGAGGUUCAACCAUAAGAGCAACCAUGUGACUCAAGUCUUGAGUGCUGAAACCAAAAUGACAAUUAAACAUUGUAGAUGAUCAACUGCUGUAUUGCAAAUAUUCUAUACAUCACUGUAUGCAUAAUUUUAGUCAAUUCCUAAAUUAAAUCCAUGCAAAUUUAGUGCUUAUCCUGGAAAACCGGUUCCGGUGUUCAUAACGGCUUUAUUUAGACUUAAUUUUUAGUAAUAUUGAGUUGCACUAUCUGUAUUUCUCCUUCCAUUCUCUUGUUUUAA